AUGGACUUUUCAAAUCUACUAUCAAACGAGAUCAACAAGAAACGCAAGAAGGUGACUGCAAAUGGACGGAAACGCAGCAAAGUGUCUGCCAAAGAACCGGCAAAACCUAACUUACCAGAGCCUAUCACCCCGCAACCAACAACUACAGACAACGAGCCAAGUGAAGAACAAUUAGACAAAAAGUUAUCACAAUUUGGCGAAUCAGAUCCGUCUCUUACCAAACCCGAAAAGGCCAGGAAAUUGCAAUUACUACUACAGCAGCAAAUCAAAAACACAAAGUACAAGUCAUGGCUAGAUCAAGAAGCUCCAUUGUACCAAGACCCCGAAAAGCAAUUGAUCACCCUAGAUUUGAUAACGGAUAUAGCAAACAAACAAGACGAGGUGUACCUAAAGCUACGGGUUUAUAUAAAGCAGCUAAUCAAGCAAUGGCAAGAAUGCGAUAACGACGACCAAGAGUUGUUGAUGGAGACAAAAAAGAGUAUAGUCAAAUUGUUAUACAAGCUAAGGAACCAUAAGCUCUCCCUAGACAUGCUCAUAUCGCUUCUGACCAUCGUUUACUAUAUCCAACAAAAUGAAUUCAACAAAGCCAACGAAAGCUAUAUGAAACUAAGCAUUGGCAACGUUUGUUGGCCAAUUGGGGUCGUCAAUGUCGGUAUUCAUGCGAGAAGUGCCGCACUGAAAAUAACCGGUGCUUCUAACGUCAGCAAUAUAAUGCUAAAUGAGUCUACCCGAAGAUGGAUUAUAAGUAUCAAGAGGUUGAUUAGUUUUAAGGAAAGAUUAUGUAACAAUGCACGUGAUUAG